AUGCAUCUCCCAUAUCCCAAGAGGAAAUCCUCGAACGCCCCAGCCUUCCUCCCCCGCGGCAGCAAUUCUUCCCGCUACGGGGUCGGCUUCUCGAUACCACGGCGAUACCGAUCGCAAGCCUUCGCUAUAGCAGCACUCGUACUCAUUGGCCUGUUAUGGCUCCUUACGCGCGGCGGGAGCUCGCAGAGUAGCAGCAGGGGCGGAAGCUCAGGGAUGGCCAACCACGUUCCUUCUGGGAAACCGCCAGCAGUGAUAGUGACAGUUUUGGACGAAGGGAGGUUUGGCGCGAGGUACACGGAAUUGGUUAAGGAGAACAGGAGGCUUUAUGCGGAAAAGCACGGCUACGCGACGUUCUUCCCCAAAGUAGGCGACUACAACCUGAAAAAGGCGCCCGUGUCCUGGACAAAGGUCGUCGCGAUGCGCCACGCCCUCACCCAGUUCCCCGACGCCACCUACUUCUGGUACGUGGAUAUCGACACGUUCAUCAUGAACCCGGCGCUGGCGAUCGAGCGCGACGUCAUGGCGGCCGCGAAGCUCGAGGAGAAGAUGAUCGUGGACCAGCCCGUCGUGCCGCCCGACAGCAUCAUCCACACGUUCAGCCACCUCAAGGCCGAGGACGUCCACUUCGUGGUGACACAGGACAAGGAUGGCCUGGCCACGAACAGCUGGCUGGUCCGCAACUCGGAGUGGUCGCGGUUCUUACUCGAUACGUGGUUUGACCCCACGUACAGAAGCUACAACUUCCAAAAGGCGGAGACGCAUGCUUUGGAACACAUUGUGCAGUGGCACCCGACGAUUCUGUCAAACUUGGCCCUCGUUCCUCAGCGCUUCAUCAACUCCUACGACAAGUCGGAGAAGGGCCAGGAGUACUCCACAGGCGACCUGUCCGUCCGCUUCGCGAAAUGCGCCAAGUCGAUUAAGAAACCGACCUGCGAGGCCGAAGCGGAGCCGUACGCAUCCGUCUGGAGGUCGGCUUAUAGGACCCAGUAA